AUGGGUGUUACAAACGGAGCCACAAACGGCCACGCCGACAUUCCCUCACAUUUCAUCGGUGGAAACCACCUUGAAGCUGCUCCUCCCAGUGCCGUGAAGGAUUUCGUCGCCCAACAUCAUGGUCACUCCGUCAUCAGCUCGGUUCUUAUUGCCAACAACGGUAUCGCAGCCGUCAAGGAGAUUCGAUCUGUGAGAAAAUGGGCCUACGAAACCUUCGGCAAUGAGCGGGCUAUUCAGUUCACAGUCAUGGCUACACCGGAAGAUUUGCGGGCAAAUGCAGACUAUAUCCGUAUGGCAGAUCAAUAUGUUGAGGUUCCCGGUGGUACCAAUAAUAAUAACUAUGCAAACGUUGAGCUGAUUGUUGAUGUUGCGGAACGUAUGGAUGUUCACGCUGUCUGGGCUGGAUGGGGUCACGCUUCGGAAAACCCUAGAUUACCUGAAUCGCUUGCUGCUUCCCCCAAGAAGAUUAUUUUCAUUGGUCCCCCGGCUUCGGCAAUGCGCUCUUUGGGUGAUAAGAUCUCUUCGACAAUCGUUGCACAGCACGCUGGUGUCCCUUGUAUUCCGUGGUCCGGAACUGGCGUUGACGCCGUCAAGGUCGACGACAACGGUAUCGUUACCGUCGAAGAUGAGACUUACAACAAGGGCUGCACCUUCUCGCCUCAGGAGGGUCUCGAGAAGGCUAAGGAUAUCGGCUUCCCAGUCAUGAUUAAGGCUUCUGAAGGUGGUGGUGGUAAGGGUAUCCGAAAGGUUGAAAAGGAAGAGGACUUUAUCAGCCUGUACAACGCCGCCGCCAACGAAAUCCCGGGAUCUCCCAUCUUCAUCAUGAAGCUUGCAGGAAACGCCCGCCAUCUGGAGGUUCAGCUGCUUGCUGACCAGUACGGAAACAACAUCUCUCUGUUCGGCAGAGAUUGUUCCGUCCAGCGACGACACCAGAAGAUUAUCGAAGAAGCCCCCGUCACUAUCGCCAAGCCCAUCACUUUCCAGGCCAUGGAGCGCGCCGCUGUCAGUCUCGGAAGAUUGGUUGGUUACGUUUCGGCUGGUACUGUCGAGUACUUGUACUCGCAUUCCGAUGACAAGUUCUACUUCCUUGAGUUGAACCCCCGUCUUCAGGUCGAGCACCCUACCACCGAGAUGGUGUCUGGUGUGAACUUGCCCGCCGCUCAGCUCCAGAUUGCUAUGGGUAUCCCGCUGCACCGCAUUCGCGACAUUCGCCUCCUCUACGGUGUCGACCCCAACGCCUCCGCCAACAUUGACUUUGAUUUCUCCAGCGAGGAGAGCCUGCAGAUGCAGCGUCGCCCCCAGCCCAAGGGCCACACCACCGCUUGCCGUAUCACUUCGGAAGACCCCGGUGAGGGCUUUAAGCCGUCUGGUGGUACUAUGCACGAGUUGAACUUCCGUAGUUCUUCCAACGUCUGGGGUUAUUUCUCCGUCGGUACCGCUGGUGGUAUCCACAGUUUCUCCGACAGUCAGUUUGGUCACAUCUUCGCCUACGGUGAGAACCGAUCUGCGUCCCGGAAACACAUGGUUAUCGCCCUGAAGGAGUUGAGCAUCCGUGGUGAUUUCAGAACUACCGUUGAAUACCUCAUUAAGCUGCUGGAAACCCCUGCUUUCGAGGACAACACCAUCACCACUGGAUGGCUGGAUCAGUUGAUUUCCAACAAGUUGACUGCUGAGCGUCCCGACCCUAUCGUUGCUGUUCUGUGUGGAGCUGUUACCAAGGCACACAUCGCCAGUGAAGCCGGCGUCGAGGAGUACCGCAAGGGUCUUGAGAAGGGUCAAGUGCCCUCUAAGGACGUCCUGAAGACUGUCUUCCCCGUGGACUUCAUCUACGAAGGCUCGCGAUACAAGUUCACCGCCACUAGAGCAGGCUUGGACAGCUACCACCUCUUCAUCAACGGGUCCAAGUGCUCUGUCGGCGUUCGUGCCCUGGCCGACGGUGGUCUUCUCGUCCUGCUCAACGGCCGCAGUCACAACAUUUACUGGAAGGAGGAGCCUGCUGCUACCCGUAUCAGUGUUGACGGAAAGACCUGCCUGCUGGAACAGGAAAAUGACCCUACCCAGCUCCGUACCCCCUCUCCCGGUAAGCUUGUCAAGUUCACCGUCGAGAGCGGUGAGCAUGUCAAGGCUGGCCAGCCCUUUGCUGAAGUUGAGGUCAUGAAGAUGUACAUGCCCCUCAUUGCUCAGGAGGACGGUAUCGUUCAGCUCAUCAAGCAGCCCGGUGCCACCCUUGAGGCUGGUGACAUUCUGGGUAUCCUUGCUCUGGACGACCCAUCCCGUGUCAAGCAUGCCCAGCCUUUCACUGGCCAGCUUCCGGACAUUGGCCCUCCCCAGGUGACGGGUAGCAAGCCCCCUCAGAAGUUUGUUCUUCUCCACAGCAUUCUUGAGAACAUCUUGAAGGGUUUCGACAACCAGGUCAUUAUGGGAACCACCCUCAAGGACCUUGUGGAGGUUCUCCGCAACCCCGAGCUUCCCUACGGAGAGUGGAAUGCCCAAUCUUCUGCCCUCCACUCCCGUAUGCCCCAGCGACUUGAUGCCCAGCUCCAGAAUGUUGUCGACAAGGCCAAGGCCCGCAAGGCUGAGUUCCCUGCCAAGCAGCUGCAGAAGACCAUGCUUCGAUUCAUCGAAGAGAAUGUCAACCCGGCUGAUGGUGAGAUCUUGAAGACCACCCUCCUUCCCCUGACCCAUGUCAUCAACCAGUACAUGGACGGCUUGAAGACCCACGAGUUCAACGUUUUCAUCAACCUCAUGGAGCAAUACUACGCUGUCGAGUCGCUGUUCUCCGUCCGCAACACUCGCGAUGAGGAUGCUAUUCUGAAGCUCAGAGAUGAGAACAAGGAAGACAUCUCCAGUGUCAUCCAGACUGUUCUCUCUCACAGCCGUAUUGGCUCAAAGAACAACCUCAUCCUUGCCAUUCUGGCCAUGUACCGUCCCAACCAACCCGGUGUUGGAAACGUUGGCAAGCACUUCAAGCCUAUCCUCAAGAAGCUCACUGAGCUUGAGUCUCGCUCUGCUGCCAAGGUUACACUCAAGGCACGUGAGCUCCUCAUCCAGUGCGCUAUGCCUUCGCUGGAGGAGCGUCUUUCCCAGAUGGAGCUCAUCCUGCGCUCCUCGGUUGUUGAGUCGCGCUACGGUGAGACUGGUUGGGACCACCGGGAGCCUGACGCCGCUAUUCUAAAGGAGGUUGUCGACUCCAAGUACACCGUCUUUGAUGUGCUCCCCCGCUUCUUCGUUCACCAGGAUGCUUGGGUUACUCUGGCCGCUCUCGAGGUCUACGUUCGCCGUGCGUACAGAGCUUACACCCUGAAGGGUAUGGAGUACAACAACGCCAACGAAACUCCAUUCCUUUCCUGGGACUUCACCCUCGACAAGCUCGGACAGCCUGAGUUCGGCCCUGUUUCUUCUACCCACCCUUCGACUCCUUCUACCCCGACCGCUGAGUCCAACCCCUUCAAGAGGAUCAACUCUAUCAGCGACAUGUCUUGGGUUGUCAACGACCACUCCACUGAGCCGUCGCGUAAGGGUGUCAUCAUUCCUGUCCAGUACCUCGAGGAUUCCGAAGAGCUCUUGUCCAAGGCUCUGGAGGCAUUCCCUCGUGCCGGUGCCAAGGCCAAGAAGCCCAGCGACGGUCUUCUCGCCAACCUGGAAGGCAAGCGCCGACCUGCUCCCAGGCUCGAAAAUGACAGCGAGCUCACUGGUGUCUGUAACAUUGCUAUCCGCGAUGUCGAGGAUCUUGACGACAGCCAGAUCGUUAGCCAGAUCAACGGCAUUCUGUCUGGCUUCAAGGAGGAGCUUCUCGCUCGCCGCAUUCGUCGGGUUACCUUCAUCUGUGGCAAGGACGGAAUCUACCCUGGCUACUACACCUUCCGUGGUCCUACCUACGAGGAAGACGAAAGUAUCCGCCACAGCGAGCCUGCCCUGGCCUUCCAGCUUGAGCUUGGUCGUCUCUCCAAGUUCAAGAUCAAUCCGGUCUUCACCGAGAACAGGAACAUCCAUGUCUACGAAGCCAUUGGCAAGGGCCCUGAGAAUGACAAGGCAGUUGACAAGCGUUACUUUGUCCGUGCUGUGGUCCGUCCUGGUCGCCUCCGUGACGAUAUCCCCACUGCUGAGUACCUGAUUUCAGAAGCUGACCGCUUGAUGAACGACAUUUUGGACGCAUUGGAGAUUAUUGGAAACAACAACUCCGACUUGAACCACAUCUUCAUCAACUUCUCUCCUGUCUUCAACCUCGAGCCCCAUGAUGUUGAGGAGGCUUUGGCCGGAUUCUUGGAGCGUUUCGGCCGUCGUCUCUGGAGACUCCGUGUUACUGGUGCUGAGAUCCGUAUUCUCUGUACUGACCCGGCCACUGGAAUGCCCUACCCUCUGCGUGUCAUCAUCACCAACACCUACGGUUUCAUCAUCCAGGUCGAGUUGUACAUCGAGAAGAAGUCCGAGAAGGGUGAAUGGAUCUUCCAGAGCAUUGGUGGCACCAACAAGCUUGGCUCCAUGCACUUGCGUCCUGUUUCCACCCCCUACCCUACCAAGGAAUGGUUGCAGCCCAAGCGUUACAAGGCUCACCUCAUGGGUACGCAGUAUGUGUACGACUUCCCCGAGCUCUUCAGACAGGCUUUCCAGAACAGCUGGACCAGAGCUACUGGCAAGAUCCCGUCGCUGCUCGACAAGCGCCCCCCUGUUGGCGAGUGCAUUGACUACAUGGAGCUUGUUCUCGAUGACACUGACAACCUGGUGGAGAUCUCUCGUGGCCCUGGUACCAACACCCACGGUAUGGUUGGUUGGAUCGUCACUGCACGCACCCCCGAGUACCCCCGUGGCAGACGCUUCAUCAUUGUUGCCAACGACAUCACCUUCCAGAUUGGAUCUUUCGGCCCCUUGGAAGACAAGUUCUUCAACAAGUGUACUGAGCUCGCGAGAAAGCUCGGUAUCCCUCGUGUCUACCUCUCUGCCAACUCUGGUGCUCGUAUUGGUAUGGCUGAUGAGCUCAUCCCCUACUUCUCUGUUGCAUGGAACAACCCCGAGAAGCCCGAGGCUGGAUUCAAGUACCUUUACUUGACUCCCGAAGUUAAGGCGCAGUUCGAUGCCAGCAGAAAGAAUGAGGUCAUCACCGAGCCCAUCACUGACGAUGGCGAGGAGCGUCACAAGAUCACCACCGUCAUUGGUGCCAAGGACGGUCUCGGUGUCGAGUGUCUUAAGGGAUCUGGUCUCAUCGCUGGUGCUACUUCGCGUGCCUACGAAGACAUCUUCACUAUCACAUUGGUGACUUGCCGCUCCGUCGGUAUCGGUGCUUACCUUGUCCGUCUCGGACAGAGAGCCAUCCAAGUCGAGGGCCAGCCCAUUAUUUUGACUGGUGCCCCGGCUAUCAACAAGCUCUUGGGUCGUGAGGUUUACACCUCUAACUUGCAGCUUGGUGGUACUCAGAUCAUGUACAGAAACGGUGUUUCUCACAUGACUGCCAACGAUGACUUCGAGGGUGUUGAGAAGAUCGUUGACUGGAUGUCCUUCGUGCCCGACAGGAAGGGUGCCCCUAUCCCCAUUCGCCCCUGGUCGGAUGACUGGGACAGAGACAUUGCCUACUACCCGCCUGUCAAGCAGCCAUACGAUGUUAGGUGGCUCAUUGCUGGUAAGGAAGACGAGGAAGGCUUCCUUCCUGGUCUGUUCGACAAGGGCUCUUUCGAGGAGGCUCUUGGUGGAUGGGCCCGGACCGUCGUUGUUGGUCGCGCUAGAAUCGGUGGUAUCCCCAUGGGUGUCAUUGCUGUCGAGACUCGCUCGGUCGAGAACGUUACCCCUGCUGACCCCGCCAACCCCGACUCUAUGGAGAUGAUCACUCAGGAAGCUGGUGGUGUUUGGUACCCCAACUCCGCCUUCAAGACUGCUCAAGCCCUUCGUGACUUCAACAAUGGUGAGCAGCUUCCAGUGAUGAUCCUCGCCAACUGGAGAGGUUUCUCUGGUGGACAGCGCGACAUGUACAACGAGGUCUUGAAGUACGGUUCCUACAUCGUCGACGCUCUCGUCAAGUACGAGCAGCCUAUCUUCGUCUACAUCCCGCCUUUCAGUGAGCUCCGUGGUGGUUCGUGGGUUGUUGUUGACCCUACUAUCAACCCUGACUUCAUGGAGAUGUACGCUGAUGAGGAGGCCCGUGGUGGUGUUCUCGAGCCCGAGGGUAUGGUCAACAUCAAGUACCGUCGCGACAAGCAGCUGGACACCAUGGCCCGUCUGGACCCCACCUACGGAGAGCUCCGCCGCUCUCUCGAAGACACUUCCCUCAGCAAGGAUCAGCUCUCCGAGAUCAAGAGCAAGAUGGCUGCCCGCGAGGAGCAGCUCCUGCCUGUCUACCUGCAGAUUGCUUUGCAGUUUGCUGAUCUUCAUGACCGCGCUGGUCGUAUGGAGGCCAAGAAGACCAUCCGUCAGCCCCUGUGCUGGAAGAACGCCAGACGUUUCUUCUACUGGCGUCUGCGCCGUCGUCUCAGUGAGGAGCUGAUCGUUAAGCGUAUGGCGGCUGCCGCCCCAUCUCCAUCCAGCGGCAAUGGCUCCGUCCCCACCGUCGACCCGGCCUCUAGUUCUUUGCCUACCUCCACCGAAUCGCCCCGCUCCACUCACCUCAAGACCCUGCACUCAUGGACUGGCUUCCUGAACGACGAUCUGGAGGCUGACGACCGCAAGGUGGCCACCUGGUACGAGGAGAACAAGAAGGCGAUCCAGACCAAGAUCGAAGCCCUCAAGACCGAGAACGUUGCUACAGACGUUGCGCAGUUGCUCAUUGGCAACAAGGAAGGUGGCCUCAAGGGUGUCCAGCAAGUGCUGAGCAUGCUUCCCGUUGAGGAGCGGGAGUCUGUUCUCAAGUACCUGGGAUCCGCAUAA